AGCUUCCGCUCCACUGGGGGCGCUGUGAGCCGAAGCGGUAGCAUUCCUGCUGGUUUCCGCUCCCUGGGCCUACUUGGUGCUCUGCAGAAAAGGGGGGGGGAAAUGGCCUCGCAGAGGGUCGAGCUAGGCUUCGUGGAGGAGGUGACAACGGCGGCUGCUGCUUGGCGGCUGCUCAGCGACCAGUUCCCUUGCAAAGUUGGCGGGCGGCCGGCUUGGCUGAGCGAGGCCUGCUUGCCGGGGCCCUCCGAAUUACAGUGCGGCGUGUGCGGGCAGCCGUGCGCUUUCCUACUGCAGCUCUACGCGCCCUUGCAAGACCGGCCCGACGCCUUCCACAGAAGCCUCUUCCUCUUCGGCUGCCGCCAGCCCCCCUGCUACCGCCCCGCUGGCCCUGCCCCGGGCAGCCUGAGAGUUUUUAGGAAUCAAUUACCAAGGAAGAAUGACACUUACUCUUAUGAUCCACCAUGUGAAGAACCACCCCAGGAAGAAUUGCCAUGUAUUAAUCUGCAGCUAAAAUGUGGAAUGAAGCUGUGCAGAGUCUGUGGGUGUUUGGGUCCCAAAACAUGUUCCAAAUGUCACAAGGCUCAUUACUGUAGUAAAGACCAUCAGGUUAGGGAUUGGAAAGCAGGCCAUAAGCUAUCAUGCUUGCAGCCUGAUCAGCUGGAUAUUGCAAUUCCAGAUCAUAAAUUUAUUUUCCCUGAGUAUGAAAUUGUAAUAGAGCCUGAAGAAACUGACUCUUCGAAUGUCAGUGAAACAAAACUGGAUGAUCUGGAGAAAAAUGAAGAAUUAACAUCUGCAGCUAAUAUACAUGAAACAUCAGAAUCUCUAGAUGAGAUGUUCUUGGAAGCAAUGGCAAAACAUGAAACCCAAGAUGACAAGAUUUUUCAAAAAUUUAAAGAAAAAAUCUCUUUGGAACCAGAACAGAUUAUCAGAUACUGCAGAAACGGAGAAGGCCCACUCUGGAUCUCAGGGGAAAAUAUUCCUCAGGAGAUGGACAUCCCCAACUGUAUAUGUGGUGGUAAAAGAGUAUUUGAAUUUCAGGUUAUGCCACAACUUCUGAAUCAUCUAAAAGCUGACAGCCUUGCAGAAAGCAUUGACUGGGGAACACUUGCUGUUUAUACUUGUGCUGAGAACUGUAAUAGAGGCAACCAUUACACAGAAGAAUUCAUCUGGAAGCAGGACAUCUCCAGUACUGUUUAAUUUCUGCAACAUUUAAAUGGCAGCAGGACACUUACUAAGUGUCAUAAUCUCACUUCACAAUAAGCCCAUAUCAUCCAUAGGACAUCUAUACCCCACAUGGAUAGAACAAAAAGAAAUUAACACUUCUUCAUUAGUGCUGAGAUUAGUCUGAGACUGUAAGAGUUGUCCUGUAUUUUCAGCUUAAAAAACUGGUUUAGGUAUGAGUUAGCUAGCUUUAUUAUGUUGUAGCGAAACUGACACUCUCAGAGCUAGCCAAAGUUUUUCAGUUUAUUUAUACAAUUAAGGGCACAAAGAAGUAAAAGUAAAAUAGCCCAUGAAUGUCGUGACUAUUUCAUAGAUAUCCAGGCAUGUACAGAGCUGUACAAAUCUUUACUGAUUUCUUUAAACACUGUUUCAACUGACCGGGGAAAUGGUCUAAGUGAGGUAGGAAGAUGCAGGCAUAUGGCUUGUUCCUGUUCCGAUAAUCCAUAGUCUGUUGAACUGGAACUGUUAUAUUUGAAGCAGCCCCCUGUCCUCAUUUCAGGUAUUACAAAGUAGAAGCUCUGUGCCUAAAGAAUGGAAAUGCUAGUUUAACAGUACCCUUAAGACCUACAAAAGCCCUACAGCAUAAUGCAAGCACUUUAUAAUGCAAGGGAGAGGGAACCUGUAGCCUUCCAGCUGUUGGGACUCCCAUCAGUCCGAAACUGCAUAGCAAGUGUUUGGAGAUUAUGGAAUCCAAAUUAGACUCCCAACAGCUGGGGGAUAAAUUUCUCGCCUCUGUUAUAGUGCAUAGCCAUGUCUAAAGUUAAAGGAACAGAUUCAGUUUGGUACGCUCAUUGUUCUGUACACUUCUCAUGCCUUGAAGAUGACAAAAUACAGACGCCUAAUCAAAUCCAAGAUGUGUAUACCUCCUUAUAAAAGUGGUCUAUUAACAGUAGGGACAUUAGCCCCAAUAAAAAUCACCAUGCCACUAAAGAUUUGUUCUAAACUGGAUAUGGGAUAGGUAAAUACAGUAUUUACCUAAUUUAAAUCAGAGUGUAAGAUUUCCCUGAUGGUUCUGUUUAGGAAAGAAUGUUAUGGAGCGAGGUACUCUCCAAGGAUGCCCAUUUCACCAUUAUUGUUUGAUAUUUUUCUGGUACCAUUAGCACUUUUAAAAGUAAUCAGCAAUAACAGGAAUCAAAUAUGGUGAUGAAGAAUUUAAAAUAGUGUUAUACCCAGAUGAUAUAGCAUUAACUUAACACAACCAGAAUUAACCAUUAAAAUACUCAGUGUGUUACAAUCAUACAGUGAAGCUUCUGGAUAUAAAAUAAAUACAACUAAAUCUAAAUGCUUUGGAAUUAAUAUAUCUAAGAGGGAAAUAGAAAAACAGCUAAGAGACACUGGUCUACAAUGGGAAAACAAACCAGUAAGAUAUUUAGGUAUUUGGCUACAUCCUAACCUUCAAACAAUUAAGGAGCACAACUAUAAAAGAUUAAGCGUAUUGAAGAUUAUUUUAAAAAAUGGGAAACAUUAGUUGCCAUGGUUAGGAAAAAUAGCCAUGUCCGUGAUCUUGCCUAAGAUAUUAUUUAUUUUUAUGGUGCUACCUUUAAAAAUAGAAAAUCAUAAGCUCACCCAAUUACAGAAAAGAAUAUUGAAAUUUAUUUUGUCAAAUAAGCCAAGUAGGAUAAUGAAUGAAAAUUUGUAUUAAAAAAACCUAGUAAUGGAGGACUGGGAAUACCAAACAUCACUAGGUAUUAUCAAGCAGUUAAAUUGUCCUUGAUUACAGAAUAGUUUGAAGACAGAAAUAAUAUAUUAUUAAAAGCUGAGCAAGAAUUGUAUAGUGAAAACUACAGGAAUAUUAUGGUUUAAGCCAAAAAUAAUAACCACCAAACAAUUUCCUCACAUCUACAAACACAAUACUUUGAUCAACUGGGUACAAAAGUUAGCUCCUGGUUUCUCCCUUUUGAUCUCAGUUUUGAGAAAAAAUGUGUAAAUAAUCAAGUACAACAAACCAUCGAUCAUCAUAUUUGGGAAAAUGCUUUAUUGUAACAAUUUGUUUAAACAAGGAUCUAUCAUUUCCUACAAAAAUGUGAUUGCAAUAUUGAA